CCGAUUGCUGUGGGCUGGGCCCGAUUUUCAAACCGCGCCUUGUCUCAGGCUCUUUUCCACAGAGUCUUUCUGAAACCAAUUUUUCUUUUCUUUUCCCAAACUCAAACACUCUUCAAACAAUGGGCGUCCAGCGCGAGACCAUUCAGGCCGGCGACGGCAAGACCUUCCCCAAGCCCGGCGACACCGUCACCAUGCACUACACCGGCACGCUUGCUGAUGGCACCAAGUUUGACUCGUCGCGCGACCGCAACCAGCCGUUUGUGUGCUCGAUCGGCGUCGGACAGCUCAUCAAGGGCUGGGACCAGGGUGUCCCGCAGAUGACCGUUGGCGAGCGCGCCAAGCUCACCAUCACCCCGGACUUUGGCUACGGUGCGCGCGGCGUCCCUGGUGUCAUCCCGCCCAACGCGGACCUGAUUUUCGACGUUGAGCUCAUCCGUAUCAACUAAACAGGCACAUUACUGUCAUUAUCUGCUCUUCAUUGUUGCGCAAAUACAUUGACGUAAUCGGAUAAGGGGAUAGGCUGGCAGGCUUUCCAAAUGAGUGAGGGAAAUGGAUUUAUAUGAUCUGG